AAAUAGAAGAGUCGCGUGCAUACUAGGUCUCAUAAAGAGCGAUCGCCGCUUGCCGCCCAUUACGCCGCGAACUGUCGGCCGCGACGCACGCAGCCAUGAUUGAUCAUCCGCGCGGUUACGAUCAAAACAUGUGCAACCUCUACCUACCAUCCACUUCCCCGGAACACGUGAGGCUCGACGAAUUCGGAGUCUUCAAAAAGGGAAUGCCGAUCAUUUACAGUAACUACUACACCAAUGCUACAAUCCACGAGUCAUACCCUGAUCCUGAGUACGACACAAUUGGUUCUGUUUACACUAACCUGACUGCUACCACUCAAGAUUACCACCGGGAUGACUGGAAACACAAAAUCAUCAGUGAUUGGACCGAAGAUGACUCGCUCUCCUGGUUCAUUGAGACUAUUCAGUUAUUCGGAAUCAACGAGUAUGAUGUACCAUCACACAAUUUCAGGAUUUCGGGUAUGGAACUCAAAGGACUGAGAAGGGAGGAUAUCGUUGCGAGAAUGAUGAUGCCGAGCGUGGACUCCUCUGCCAGUAGACGGAUAGGGGAUAUGAUUUAUGAGAAACUCCAAUACAGGUUGAACGAAGAGUCUGCAGUAUUUAGAUAUGGAGAGACUGAUUUAUACCCUCACCCGGAUUCGAUGCAAACAAUGCUCGACCUAGAUACAUUGGACCAUAAGAACAGAUAUCCGUCAGAUUACAGACCCAACGACAGCAGCCUUCUGCAGCCCCCUUGUGACAGCGACGACGCUGAAGAAGUAUUCCGCGGGUCAGACACGGGCUCUCCCUUGUAUUACGGGAGUGAUGGAAGCAAAUCUAGUGAUGAGGAUGACAAACGUAAACAAAGAUUCAAGAGACCACCAGGAAGGCCAAAAGGAAGCGGGCGAAAAGUUUGCAAACGCCCUCGAAGCGUCUCCGUUCCGGAGUUCCUGAGGAAUCUUCUAUUUGAUCCUAAAUACUGUCCAGCUAUAAUCAAAUGGGAGGACCAUUCAUUGGGCAAGUUCAGGUUCGUGAAACCCGACGAAGUGGCAAAGCUGUGGGGGCAGAUGAAGCAGAAUGAUAACAUGACAUUCGAGAAGUUCAGCAGAGCCAUGAGGUAUCACUACAGACAGUCGGUCCUGGUGUCAGUACCAACCGCCCGCCUGGUGUAUCAAUUCGGGCACAAAGGGCCCGAUAUCAACACGCCAAAUCCUAACUUCGUCAAAGUGAAAACAGAAACAGAUGUCCCUGAAGUGACGUACUCCUAGUUUAAAUUUAAGGUUUAGGUUAGAGAUAAAUUGUUAAAACCGAUGCUCAGUGGAUGAUUUGUGAACGUUGUCAAAUUAUGGUUAUCGUAGGAGACGGCCCUAUAUUUCGGGCUAGAGAGCUCUUCAAUUCGUAAAAAUCCUUCAUUGGCCAAUGGCGAAAGAUGUUACGAAGUCAGAGCCACAAAAAUGGUUGUAAUAAUUAAGCAGAUUCAGAUGUAAAUGUUAGAUAAAGAGCUAAAUUGAAGAGUUCCUCGUGAAAUAACGCCCUUAGAUACGCUUGAUUCAAAAUGUUGAACUUGUUCUUCGUAUCUUCCUUUUGCAAUUUACAAUUAAGAAUUAUACAGAUUUAAAAACGACAAAUAAUAUUGGAAAUGGUUGUACAAUUAAUCAAACGAAUUAAUUACUUUUGCAUAACUUGUAACUAAAACACACAUCUGAUUUCCAAUGAUCAGCGUUAUCUAAGAGUGUGUUGGGUGAAUUGAUUUAAAUAGUUGUCUAAGCUAUAUUCGAAACGAUUAUCGAUUAGAUAGGUGUUUCCAGAAAUGUUAUGGAUGUGAUUAGUUCAGAUAGGCUCAAUGUUCGACUUGGCACAGUCCCCACGGUUAUGUAAGUGUACGUUGGUAUAAAUUGUUGAGUGGUGGAUUUUCCGUCAAUUAAUGGUUGUAAACCCUUGUUGAAGUGUCCAUAUUAUUUUUUUAAGUAAUUUUUAUGUAUUUUUAUGACUGGUUUAGUGUCGACGAGAUUCUCGUGGCCGGACACCUGAAGGUCGUUCGGUACUACGAAUUUUUGAUAAAGUAUUUUAAUGUUUUGACAGUUGUUACCAUUUUUGAGAGUGAGUAGUUGAAUAGAUAUUUUGAACAUUCCGUUUUUAUUUAUAAUAGUAUUCGUAAGUUUAUCUUUAGUUUCCAGUUUCUCUGUAAUUUUAGACUAGUUCAAGUUGCCAUAUGUAUUAAUAUUUGUUAAAUGUACUUAAAAGUCGAAUUUCUUCAUAGUUUCAUCAUCAUUUACCAUAUAGUUCUCAAGGUUAGUCAUAAGAUUAUUGUCCGACAUAUUUUAUUGAAUUUUUACUCCCAUCUCAAUGUUAGAAAUAAUUUUAAAAAGUUAUAUACGAUUGGCGCGCUUGUGCAAUAAUAAAAAGAACGUGACGAAAGAAAGAUCUGCAGGCCAAAGAUUAGUUGUGACAAAAAUGUUGUUUUAAUUAAGUUUUAUAAUAACUACAACAAAGACAUAAAUAAUUUUGACAAUUUUAAUAUAAAAUUAGGAAUAAGUUUGCGACUCUCAGGCAAUUGCUGUGAUGUAAUAUAAAAAAAUGAACCGUUUCGUUUCUGUAGAUAGAAUCUAUAUUCUGUUAGUUGACAUAACUAUAAUUUUAUUAAUGAUUUUCUAUAACUAAUAUUCAUCGUUAUUCUAAUUACUUCUAUUCUAAUGACAACAACGGACGUACAUUAUAACAUGUAGACAUAGUUAUUAAAAUUUGCAAUAUUAUAAGCAGUUUUGUAAUAUGAAACAAUUUUGCUCAAUACUUGAAUGCUUCUCGAUAGAUAGGUUUCAAUAUAAAUUCGGUAAUCAAAAAUUUAAUUAGCAACACAACAUAUUGAAUGUACUUAUAUGUAUGUUUGAUAUAACAUUAGACUAAAAGCUAUUUUUGUUAUUGUUUUUUCCAAUGACAAGAAACAUUUAGUACAAAACUGUGUCUUAAUAUACAACGAUAAUAAAAAAAAAACACUAUACGUAAGUAAUUAUAAAUACGUAAUUCUUGUUUUAACAUAAAAUUUACAACGACGAAUGUCAAAAUUGAAUUAACUGUAUUAAAAUGAACAAAGGUGUUAACUCUGUCAUUAUAAUAGUUAGGAUAAAUUUAUAUCACUAAAUUAUUGUUAAAUAUUUGCCAAUUUCAAUGACAAUAUUUAGAUGGUUUUGUAAAUUGAACGGUGCGAAAUUUGUGAGAGAUGGGUUGUUCAAUGUUUCUUUAGCGAUUUAAUAAAAUACGUAAUAUAUUGUAGUGUACUUAAUCAAGUUUCUUGUUUAUACAUACAUACAUGGAGCCUAAAAGUCAUGAAUAUUCACCAAAUUGUGUAUUUCAUCAUUAAAUAACAACGUUUAUAAUUACAAAAAUAUAUAUAUUUUUUAAUUAACAAACAAUAUUACGUAGUAUCGUAAAAUACUGAUUUUUCAUCUCUUUUCCUCUUUAACAACUAUAACUACUUUUUAAGGUCUUUGUCAUUUUUUAUAUCUCCAUCCUUCUCUUCUCCUAGAUAUACAUAGUAUAUUAAGGAAAUUUCUGAUCUAUGAAAUGGAAAGGUGAUUAUUACAAGCUAUCGUAUAUAAAGUCGACAGCUUAAUCUGUACAACUUAAAAAUGUACUAUGUGUAUGUUUAUUUUAAAUCUCUCACAGACAUAGGUGACAUAAAAAAAAUACAAAACUAAACUGUAUGAAUACCUAGUAAACAAAACAUACUAUUCAAUUGACGAUUUCCUUGGAGAUAAAUGCAAUAAAAUUCCUUAAUAUUAUGAUUAAUUUUUUUAUUGUAAAUGUGACAUUAUUGAUUUUUUUAUAAUAUUUUUCUUACAUAAUUGCGAAUUUGUAUAGCUCGAUAGAUGAGGUUGAUCAUAGAGGACUUAUCUUGUUUUAUGAUCCAUUGUUACCUAUGUAUAAUAAAAUAAAUAAAUAAAAUUAAAUAAAGGCUUAAAUAUUGGCGACAAAUGACAUUAUUAAAAGUGUUAUCUUGCUUUAUAUUAAGAAGACAAAAACGAAGGCAUAAACUGACGAAUGUUAUUGUUACAGUAAUGGAUAACUUAAUGUUGAUAUUAUUGUGAUUAACAUAUAAUGUAUGUUUACGUACCUUUUAACAAUUACAUUACGUAAAUGUAGAUUGUCACGAAAAGUAAAGUUUUGUCGAAAUCCAGUAUUUUCGACACAAAUAUAUGUAAGAUGUGUCGAAAAGUUUCGACUAGUUUCGGGACUUUUCGACACAAAUAUAUGUAAGGUGUGUCGAAAAGUUUCGACCAGUUUCGGGACCAUCCGAGAGUAUUUUCGACUGAAUACAAACUAAUUAUAUCGGCUCGUUUUACAAUUAAAAUACCCAUGUGUGUUUACAAAUGUCUUAAUAAAAUUAUCUGUCUAGUUUGUUAUGAGAAAUUUUUGUUUGAAAUUAUUUCUCUCAAUAUAUUGCCACCUCUCAGUACUGUUUUCUAAGAAGCCGUUAAAACGGUUUGACGUCAGAGGUUAAUAAAUUAAUUGCCAUGAUCCUAUUGAUGAAUAAUUGAGUUUAACAAUAGAGAUUAACCAUGACUUGUUAAAUACAAUUUCGACCGUUCAAUUAACUUAUUCCUAUUAAGACCCAUCCAAUGUUUUUUUGCAUUACCUUAAACAGUUAAUGC